AUGUCUCAACAACACACACUUCUUUCAGUAACUGGCCAUGCCUCAGCCUCUCCAGCACUCAUUAUUCCAUCUUAUUCUCCACCUUUAAUCUUCUCCUAUCCAACCAUUUUCUCCCAUAUCUACGAUUUAUCCUCUAAUCUCUUCUCCCUCAUUCCCCUCCCAUCCCAAUCACCAAUUUCUAUAAUUCUUCCCAAUGGUCUCGAAUUCAUAGCUUCUUUUUUCGCCGUCACCUUCUCUCGACAUAUUGCUGCGCCAUUAAAUCCGGCGUAUACAGAAAACGAGUUUAAGUUUUAUUUAGAGGAUUCAAAAUCAAAAUUCAUUAUUGUCCCUAAAGGGUGGUGCAAGGAGGAUAAACCAGCCGUUAAAGCUGCGAGAGGGCUUGGCAUCGACGUGGUUGAGAUCUGGUGGAAUGAAGCGGAUGGAAAAUUCGGGUUUACAAUUGACAGAAAGGAAGAAAAACAAGGACAAAAAAUCAAUGCAAGAGCAGUGAGUAGUAAACUCGAAGAGAGCGACGUUGCUUUGUUGUUGCAUACAUCAGGGACUACUGGACGACCGAAAGCCGUUCCAUUGACUCACAGAAACCUGACGAGAACCAUGCAAAACAUAACUCGUACUUACAACCUGACUCCAUCUGACAGAACUCUUCUAGUCAUGCCUCUAUUCCAUGUGCAUGGUUUAAUGGGAGGAUUAUUGUCCACUUUGUUGUCGGGUGGGGCAGUUGUUGUUCCGCCGAGAUUCUCGGCAACAACAUUUUGGAAUGAUUUUACAAGAUUUGGGUGUACUUGGUAUACAGCAGUGCCUACGAUUCACCAAAUCCUCUUACGUCAUCCUGUCCCAUCUCCGCCACCCAAAAUCCGCUUCAUUCGUUCCUGCUCAUCCUCUCUGGCCCCAUCCGUACUUCAUUCCCUCGAGUCGACCUUCCAAGCUCCUGUGCUUGAAGCAUAUGCUAUGACCGAGGCUGCACAUCAAAUGACGUCAAAUCCCCUACCUCCCGCAAUACAUAAGCCAGGAUCGGUUGGAAUAGGACAAGGUGUCGAGAUCGUCAUAUUAGAUGAAAAGGGAAAUGAAGUGCAAGAAGGAGAAGUAUGUGUAAUAGGGGAGAAUAUUACUCGGGGAUAUUUGAAUAAUCCAAAGGCGAACGCGGAAGCAUUUACAAAGGCCGGAUAUUUCCGCACAGGGGAUCAAGGUUACCUCGACUCUGAUGGAUAUUUACAUCUGACUGGACGGAUAAAAGAGUUCAUAAAUCGUGGUGGAGAAAAGAUUUCACCUCUCGAGAUUGACGCAGCCCUUCUUUCGCAUCCGGAUAUAGUUGAGGCCGUAUCUUUUGCAGUACCAGAUGAGAUUUAUGGUCAGGAAGUCUGGGCAGCCGUUGUGGUAAAUAAUGGUAAAGGGCAAGUUAGCGAAGAUGACGUGAAGAAUUUCGUUAAAACGAAGAUUUCGGCGUAUAAAGUUCCAAAAAAAGUAGUGUUUACAGAUGUAAUGCCUAAAACGGCAACUGGGAAGGUCCAAAGGAGAUUGGUUCGAGACAAGUUUUUUACAAAGGACAAGGCAAAAUUGUGA